GCGUUGCUAGUGGCAGUGGUUUUGAUCAGUACUUGACACUGGCGGUGGCUUCACAGUUUACAUUGUUGCAAUAGUAAUAUCUAAGUUUUUUUUUUAUAUUUGGCACAAAAUGCAAUUCUCGGAUAGUAAAAAUGAAGGUCGCCAACCUAUCGGAGUAGGCAUUUUGGAGGCGGGCAGUGGUGCUGGUAUCGCGGGUGUUGGAUCGAGUAACGAAUUCGAUUAUGAAUCUGUGUUGGCGCGUAUUGGGUUUGGUAAAUCACAAUGGAUACUACUCCUCAUCUCCGGGCUAUUGACUCUCUGCUCAAUGGCGACACAAACUUCGGUGGGCAUUAUGGCUAUAGCAUCUCAGUGCGAAUUUGGCAUGAGCCAAGGUGAAAAGGGCAUAAUGAUGGCGGCAUGUGUGACGGGAAUUUUCCUAUCCACAUACUUUUGGGGGUAUGUUAGCGAUGCUUUCGGACGGCGCUCGGUGCUCUUCUAUGGCACGAUAGCCACUAAUUUGCUACAGUUGAUCUCGAUGUUCAUCACAAAUAUAUGGGUUUUCAAUAUUGUUAACUUAUUAAUGGGUGUAAGUUUGGGUGGCGUAUCUGCAGCUAUUUACGCAUAUCUCAGCGAAUUCAACACUGACAAACAUCGUGCUGUGGUUAUUAAUUAUUCAACAAUGUUCGUUAGUAUAGCUGCGAUUUAUAUGCCAGCAACCUGUUGGCUGGUCCUUUCGGCUGAUUGGACACUUCACAUAACCGACAGUUUUGUAUUUCGUCCCUGGCGUUUGAUAAUUUUGCUUAACUUGUUGCCCGGCUUAAUUGGUGCCGCAAUGUUGUAUCCCUUCCCAGAGAGUCCAAAGCUGCUAUUGGCACAAGAUAAGGAAUACGAAGCUGUCGCUGCACUGGAAUGGAUCUGUAAAAUUAAUCGCGGUCGCUCUUUGGCAAGUGUUUUCGGAAAUGAUACAGAUUUCAAACUGAAAGCAGAACAGAUUGCUGACGAUGACUUGCGCAGCGGUGGUGGUGGUGUUUGUGGCAUACUAGUGAGCAUUUGGAGAGCCACGGUGCCACUAUUUCACAAACCACAUUGCACCAACUUCAUAUUGAGCAUUGUUUCGGUGUUUGGCAUGUUUCUUACAUCGGCGGGUAUGCAAAUUUGGUAUCCGGAAAUUGUUAAUCGUUCAUCGGGCGAUAAUGUUGGAAGUUCGUCGGUGUGUGAGAUUUUAGAAGCUUCGUUCGAGAAGCAACGUCUAAAUGUGACCAUCGUCGAUGCUGAGAUCUGUGAUGACAGCAUCACAACAAAGACCUAUAUUGAUAAUAUGAUUGUUGGCUGUGCAUUUUUAGUGGGUUUUGUCAUACAGGGUGCGCUAUUGAAUCCUUUGGGACGUAAAAACGUAUUGUUAGCUGCAUUGGGCAUUGGCACCUUAAGUGGAAUUCUUUUGCAUUUUGUUGCUAAUGCACAAGUGGUUCUAGUACUCUUCUGUUUGUAUAUACUCAUGCCAGGAUUAUCAAUUUCUAUAAUGUGUGGUGCAAUGGUGGAUUUGGUGCCCACACACUUAAGGGGUAAAGCCGUUAGUAUUGGCUUAGCCAUGGGUCGUUUGGGUGUGAUAGUGGCCUCUAAUAUGAUUGGUGUAAUGCUGGAGCCAUAUUGCAAUACCACCUUUGCCAUACUAACAGCAUCAAUAUUGAUUUGCGGCUUCUUAGUGCACUUCUUACCAAUAUAAAUACUUACAAUAAGUAUGUUGCGUCCCAUAAAUGCGUAAUGAUCUUGUUAAUUUUGUCAUCAACAAAUUUGGCUUUAUUUUUUUUUUAUAACAUUUAUAAUAUGGAUUGAAAGCUUUAAAUCUUUGUCACCUAACUACAAAAUUUUGUAAGUGCAAGUACUUAUACAUAAAAUUAUGUGUAUGUAUGUAUAUAUAUAUAUAUAUGUUAUACAUAUAACAAUAAAAUUAAAGUGUUUGUUUAACUAGCGCAUGCAUUGCAGUAAUAAAUUCGUACUUGGGUUUGAAUCUUGCCACAUAAGUUAAACUUAAAGUACAUAGUAGUCUUUAAAACAUUUUUAAUUUUACAACUACAAAAAGAAGUUUCACUCGAAAAUGUUUGAAAUGAGUUGCUGCAACAUCCUUUGUUUAAUACAUCGAAACGUAAAUUUAUGUUUGUAAUUGAGUUUAUAUCGCAUCAGUUUUAAAAAGGUUCAUCAGCUGAUGGAUUAUCAUUGACAUGUGCCUAAUUAUUUCGGUUAAGUUUAGUAUAAGAAGAAAAGAAAAUAAUAAAUAAACUUUUUGCAACUAAAA